AUGGGCGACUGGAACUUCCUUGGCGGAAUCUUGGAGGAGGUCCACAUCCACUCCACCAUGGUGGGCAAGAUCUGGCUGACCAUCCUGUUCAUCUUCCGUAUGCUGGUGCUGGGUGUUGCCGCUGAGGAUGUGUGGAAUGACGAGCAAUCGGACUUCAUCUGCAAUACAGAACAGCCGGGGUGCCGCAACGUGUGCUACGACCAGGCCUUCCCCAUCUCGCUCAUCCGCUACUGGGUCCUACAGGUCAUCUUCGUCUCUUCGCCAUCUCUGGUCUACAUGGGCCACGCCAUAUACCGACUGCGCGCCCUGGAGAAGGAGCGCCACUGCAAGAAGGUGGCGCUGCGCCGUGAGCUGGAGUCCGUAGACGCCGAAUUGGCGGACGCCCGGCGGCGAAUCGAAAAGGAGAUGCGUUGUCUGGAACAGGGCAAGCUGAACAAGGCCCCGCUGAGGGGUUCACUUCUUUGUACCUACGUGGCGCACAUAGUCACUCGCGCCGUGGUGGAGGUCAGCUUCAUGACCGGCCAGCUGCUCCUCUACGGGCACCGCCUCAGCCCGCUCUACAAGUGUGACCGCCAACCCUGCCCUAAUGUGGUGGACUGCUUCGUGUCGCGGCCGACUGAGAAAACUGUCUUCAUGGUGUUCAUGCAGAUAAUCGCAUGUAUUUCCCUGUUCCUCAGCCUUCUGGAAAUCAUGCACUUGGGCUACAAGAAGAUCAAAAAGGGCAUUCUGGACUACUACCCGCAUAUCAAGGACGAUUUAGAUGACUACUAUGUCAACAAGUCCAAGAAGAAUUCGGUGGUGCACCAGGUGUGUGUUGGUACAUCUGCGGGCGGGCGCAAGGCCACCAUCCCAACAGCACCCAGCAGCUACACCUUGUUGUUGGAGAAGCAGGGCAACGGGCCCAACUACCCACUUCUCAACGCCUCCUCCGCCUUUGUGCCAAUCCAAGAGGACCCAAGUGUCAAGCUGGUGGGGUUUAAGGAUAGCAAAGAGGGCGUCUCAAGCCCCACUGAUCAGAACAGCAACAACACGAGCAGCGAAACCCGUUCGCCACCCGUUGACAAGGACGCAGAGGAGCUGGAUUGCGCCGAAUACCCCACCUCCUCCGACCCACCCGCUCUCCCGGUCGUGGCCCGAAAGUCCCGGAGACAGAGUCCUCAGUGGAAUUGCUCCACGGUUCUCGAGAGCAACGCCUCAGAUAGCGGCGACUCCUACCCGGGCGGCUCCAUGAAGCUCCGAGGAGGAAGCGGAAGCGGAACCGUGGGCCCCCGAGCUAGGAACCUGCUCUCCAAGUCGGACAGCGUGAGGAGGCCCGGCAGGCCUCAGAGCCCGGAAUCGGGCGAGGAUGCCAGCUCGGUGUCCCGACGCAGCCGAGACAGCCCAAGCCCUGCUGCCUCCUCCCCAAACCGGCGGGUGUCUGCAACCAGCAGCGGUGGCAGCAGCAGCAGGCGAGCGCCCACAGAUUUGCAGAUUUGA